AUGGGGUCGUCCAGCUUGGGUGUGGUAGCACAAAAUAAGAUAAAAAAUAUUUUAAGCUUUCUUGUCCCUACAUUCUUUCAUAAACCAAGAUACAAUCUGACCACCUCGUGUGGGACAAUUCAUCAGCAGCUAUGUGAAACACUUUACGGAAUUCACCCUGUUCUGUGUGCUCUUUCAUUCCAUCAGCGUAAUAUAAAGCAAUUGUAUGUUAGAGAUAUUUCAUCCAAAACCAAAGAUUCUGAAAGCCUCGUAGAGCUGUCUUUAUCUCAAAUAAUCGAGGAAGCACUUCGAUUUAACAUACCUAUUACACAUGUAUCAGUUGAAGAACUGAAAGUUUUAUCUAAUUCAAGAUCACAUCAGGGUGUGUUACUUGAGGUUUCACCAAUCAUUAUCCAUCCUAUCUCCAACCUAUCAAUCCAAAACUUGUUACACUCUUGGACAAACCCAUCUGAAAAAUAUUUCCCGUUUGUGAAGAAGAAUAAUCGACCUAUUAUCUUACUACUAGACCAUAUUUCAGAUGUUAUGAACUUUGGAAGUAUUUUGCGUUCAGCUGCAUUUUUUGGCGUCUCUGCUGUGUUACUAUCUACUGCUCCAUGUGUCACUCCAUCACCACUUAUCAGCAAGCUUAGUGUUGGUGCCAUGGAAGGUAUGCUAUUUUACAGAUUGACUGAUAUCGUAAUGGAUAUGAAGUCUUUGUCAGAUGCCGGAUUUCUAGUCGUUGGCACUUGUGGAGAAAGUCAAAUUUCACCAAAUGCAAUUAGCAAACCCUUGAAUUGCUUACAACCGAAUGAGGUAGGAGUUAAUGACUGUAAUAACAAUACUAGAAUUUCGCCCAGACCAAUGGUUUUAGCUUUAGGUAGUGAAUCAAGAGGUCUGAGUGAAAAUGUCUUAAAUGCCUGCGAUUUAUUACUACGUGUCCCAGGCCUUGCAGAUACGCCUAACUUGGUGAAUAAAUCAAUAUCACAAAAUAUUCCGUCUUCAUUAAAUGUCGCCGUGGCAGCUGGUAUAUUACUGUAUCAAUUAACAAUGUAUCGACAUGGAUGUGAAGCAGCUAAUACUUCAUCAUUUGUCUUUCAUAAGGAGUAA